GCUUCAUGCUUGGCAAUUGACAUUUAACUUUUAAAAUCGAAUGAAUUUUUUUUUUUAAUUUUAUCAAGAAUUAGCAAUUAAAUAAUAAUACAGUUUUGCUAUUGCUACGUGUUAAAACGUUAUUUUUAUUCAAUAUAUUAAAAUGCUUUUAAUAGUUUACAAUUUGCCUGGAACUAUUUCAUAUAACGAGGUGAAGGAUCUAAUUAAAAGGAAUAGUGGAUUGGAUGAAGUAAUUCUAGAUAACCUUGUGGAUGACAAGCCUGGUACUAAGCGAGUUACUGUAGGAUUGGCGGAAGAAAGCGAUGCCGCUAUUUUUGUCAGGAAAAUAAAUGGAAUGUACAUCAAAGGACAUCAGCUCUUUGUCGAAAAUGUUCGACAAAAGAAGGCUUCCGAACAACCAUACCGAUCACUGGCUAGUUAUUUACCAGAUGCGCAGAAAAUCUCCAGUAAUCCUGUAAAUAAUGAAUCAUAUGAUGUCAACAGUCAAUAUAAUAUGCCUAAUCAGCAGUAUAACAUGGCAAAUCAGUUUAUGAAUCCAUUUCAACAAGUGUUUGACGUAAAUAUGCAAUAUUAUAUGCAACAAGGACCGAAUACAGUGGUACAAUCCACACCCCAGGCAGCUCAACCAAUGCAAACUUCGUUGUAUCAAAGUAAUGUUCCAUAUUAUCAGCAAGCUCAACAACAAUUUCAACAAGAUGUGGCGGCUAAUCAGCCAAAGAAUAUUCAAAUUUCUAUUCCAAAUACUCAAUACCCUCAACGGCUCGCAGAAACGUUACGAAGAAAUGAUGACAUACCAAAACCACAACAUAGCUUCCAACGGUCAUUUGGUGACAAUAACAAGCAAAGUUACCCAAAUGACCGUGAUAGGAAAAGUGGUCGCGAUCGCGAUGUCAGCUAUGGACGUAACGAUCGUCGUGAUGAUAAGAAAUUUAACUACGAACGUGAGACGAAAUUUGAUCAGAAUAGGAGUCGUGAGCGCUCGGACUAUCAUGCCGACUUUAACCGUGGAUUCAAAAAUACCGGUGAUAAUACGAACUACAAUGAUUAUAACGAAGCAAAAGACAACGGACGUUCUGAUUAUUCAAAAUCAGGGCCAUACUCUACGGAACCCGACUUACGAUCACGUAUUGAUGAGAAAGUACGUCAAAAAGAUUAUACAGGAUACGAUAGUAAAUCUGUGUAUCGCGAGAAAACGCAAUCGCAUUUUUCUAAAAAAGAUGCUGGACCAUCUGCAAGAACUAGAUCUAAACUGAGUACAAAUUUUAACCAAUUUAUUAAUAAAUUAAUAACCAAAACCAACACGCAUACCUCCGAUCGUGACUCACACCGAGACUCAUCUACUCGUAAUGAUCGAAAUCAGGGUGGUAAUUUGAAACGAAAGUUGGAAUCGCCACAACAAUCCAAACCAAAAAAGCCCACUACUUUCGCUAUACUACCGAAGAAGUUCGUCGCACCCCCAGCUCCAACUGUGAGCGGCAACGAUAAGAGUACAAAGAAAAAAUUGAAGUUUGAGGAAUUGGACGAUACCCAGAAAAUGAACAGAUUUAAUACAUGGGUUCACCAAGUCGCAGCUGACUUGGCUAAGGAGGUGAUAAAAUCCGCUGGCGGAGUACGUCAUCCAGCUAUAUUAGCGGAACUCAAAAAGUGUAUCAUAUCACGGAUAUUCGUUAUAUACGACCAGAGAUUCGCAUACGCGAUGCCGCAAAUUGUGAAAGAUUAUAGAAAAAUGUAUACGACGCAGGAUGACUAUAAGUUUUAUAUUGAAGUGCGGGAUAAGGUCGCCGAAAAUGCGAAAAUAAUAGCAAGUGAAGGUACACCGCAAAACCAACAAAAACUUGAGGGUGAUAGUCGAGUUGACGCGACGUCGGGUGCAAAAGGAACAACUCCAGCAGAAUCGUCUCAAGUUAAAUCGACACCACAAUCGCAGCCUACGUUUCAAAAGAAAAUGCCGCCAGCCGGGAUGACUACCCAAAAUAAAGUAUCAGGACCCAAGGAACAAGUUGCUACCAAGACCGCAACGCCGUAUGUUAAUCAGUUAAAACCAUCUGCUCCUGGCAAACUACCUUCAUAUCCUGGUGGAUUGGAUAAGAAACAGUACAAUGAAAUAAGGUUAAAAGCAGCUGAACAGUUCUUCGAGGAAGAUAAAAUAGGACAAAACUUAAACGAAGUUGACCGCAAAGCACUGAAAGCAGAAAUAGCCGAGUUAUGUAAAGUAGUAACUGCAGCCUGUGAAGAAGUUGACAAGGAAAAUUGUGUAGAAAGUAAACACAGAUGGGCUAAUAUAAGGAAAAGUAUUGAAAAGAUCGUAUCAGUACAAGUAGCUGAGAGAAUGUCCAACUCGCCGAGCUUCCUAAAAGUACGCAUACAGUUCAGACCGAAGAAACCGAAUCGAGAGAUUUUGGAAAAGUUCCUCAUGGAAUAUGGCGUUGUCAGCUUGAAAAAUUCCAAGAGAGCGAAUAUGUUCAUAGCGGCUUGCAACUGUUUCAAUGGGUACGAUAGACUGUGCAGUCUUAAGGAGGCUGUUGUUGAUGAAAAACAUUUAAUCAUCAAACCGUUCCAACUAUGCGGACCACCGCUAAAGGGUAAAUUGAAAGUGAAGUAUGGGAAAAAUCAGAAUCAAGUUAACAACGGGGACAAUGAUGAUGAUGAUGAUGAUGAUGACGACGAUGAUGAUAAUGAUGCUCAAUGUGACGAUGGUAAUGAAAAUAAUGAAGUUUCUGAUCACGAUAAGAGCGUAAUGAUUAUAGAAGAGAAACAUGAUAUAAUUCAACUAGACGACACAGACGGCGCGGAGGGUGAGAAUGAAGAAGCUAUGGAAAUUGAAAAGGAUAUUAACGAAAUAUGCAGAGAAUUCGUUGAUAAUAUAGAUGAUAAUAACAGUGAGAUUCAAAAUAAGGAUAGCAAUGAACAAUCUAAUACGAUUAACAAUGGUAAUAAUCAGACACAACCUGAAGAAACUAAUAAAAAUGUUGCUAAUAAAGACCCUGCGAAUACUCAAGAUAAAGAAACAUUCCAUGAUCUGAUCGUAGGUGAUGACAGCUAUGUGAUUCUUGAUGAUGCAGAUGAUGAAAAUAAAAACGAAACAAUAACUCAAGAAACUUUACAGGAAGUAAUUCAAAAUACUGAUAUAACUGAGGAGGAUUUGGAAGAUUUUUAAAAACAAUUUUUAAGUUGUGUAACUAUUUAUUACAAAUAUGUUACAGUAUAUAUUAAGAUAUUUAAGUUGAACUUAAUUGUAAAAUAUGCUAAAAUAUUGCCUUUUUAAUAAAGGUCUUAAAUAUAAUAAUAAAAACUAUAUUAGUGCGCGUCCCUCUGCUUAUUCUUAUUUCUGAAAAAAAAAUUGAAAUAAAUUAAAAAAUAUUGUAA